GCAGCGAGUGUCAGCAUUUCGCCGGUGACUUCGCCCAGCGCCUGCUCCCGCUCUGCAGCCGGGAGCCCAAUUACGGCAACGCCUCCGCCCGCCCGCGCUCCGCCCGCCGCCGCCGCGAUGCUUGCCCGCGCCCUGCUGCUCUGCGCGGCCCUGGCGCUCUGCAGUGCAGCGAAUCCUUGCUGUUCCAACCCAUGUCAAAACCAAGGUGUAUGUAUGAGCAUAGGAUUUGACCAGUAUAUGUGUGACUGCUCUCGAACAGGAUUCUAUGGUGAAAACUGUUCAACACCUGAAUUUCUGACAAGAGUAAAAUUACUCCUGAAACCCACUCCGAAUACAGUGCACUACAUACUUACCCACUUCAAGGGAGUCUGGAACAUUGUCAAUAAAAUUCCCUUCCUGCGAAAUGUAAUUAUGAGAUACGUGUUGACAUCCAGGUCACAUUUCAUUGAGAGUCCACCAACUUACAAUGUGGACUAUGGCUAUAAAAGCUGGGAAGCCUUUUCUAAUCUCUCCUACUACACCAGAGCUCUUCCCCCUGUGGCGGAUGACUGUCCAACACCCAUGGGUGUGAAAGGCAAGAAAGAGCUUCCUGAUUCUAAAGAGAUUGUGGAAAAAUUUCUUCUAAGAAGAAAGUUCAUUCCUGAUCCCCAGGGCACAAAUAUGAUGUUUGCAUUCUUUGCCCAGCACUUCACCCAUCAAUUUUUCAAGACAGAUCAUAAGCGAGGGCCAGGUUUCACCAAAGGACUGGGCCAUGGGGUGGACUUAAGCCAUGUUUAUGGGGAAACUUUGGAUAGACAACAUAAAUUGCGCCUCUUCAAGGAUGGAAAAAUGAAAUACCAGGUAAUCGAUGGAGAGGUGUAUCCUCCCACAGUCAAAGAUACUCAGGUGGAGAUGAUCUACCCACCCCAUGUUCCUGAACACCUGCGGUUUGCUGUGGGCCAGGAAGUCUUUGGGCUGGUGCCUGGUCUGAUGAUGUAUGCCACGAUCUGGCUGCGGGAACAUAACAGAGUGUGUGAUGUGCUGAAACAGGAGCACCCAGAGUGGGAUGAUGAGCGUCUGUUCCAGACGAGCCGGCUCAUAUUGAUAGGAGAAACCAUUAAGAUUGUGAUUGAAGACUAUGUCCAGCACUUGAGUGGCUAUCACUUCAAGCUGAAGUUUGACCCAGAGCUGCUCUUCAACCAACAAUUCCAGUACCAAAACCGUAUUGCUGCCGAGUUUAACACGCUCUACCACUGGCAUCCCCUUCUGCCUGACACCUUGCAAAUAGAUGACCAGGAGUACAAUUUCCAACAGUUUGUCUACAACAACUCUAUACUGCUGGAACAUGGGCUUACCCAGUUUGUGGAAUCCUUCAGCAGGCAAAUUGCUGGCAGGGUUGCGGGUGGUAGGAAUGUUCCAGCUGCAGUACAACAAGUAGCAAAGGCCUCAAUUGACCAGAGCAGACAGAUGAAGUACCAGUCUCUGAAUGAGUACCGCAAACGCUUUCGGCUGAAGCCCUACGCGUCUUUUGAGGAACUUACAGGAGAGAAGGAAAUGGCUGCGGGGUUAGAGGCCCUUUAUGGAGAUAUUGAUGCCAUGGAGCUGUAUCCAGCCCUCCUGGUAGAAAAGCCUCGUCCAGAUGCCAUCUUUGGUGAGACCAUGGUAGAAAUGGGAGCACCAUUCUCCUUGAAAGGACUUAUGGGUAAUCCCAUCUGUUCGCCUGACUACUGGAAGCCUAGUACCUUCGGUGGAGAAGUAGGCUUUAAAAUCAUCAACACUGCCUCCAUUCAGUCUCUCAUCUGCAAUAACGUGAAGGGCUGUCCUUUUACUGCAUUCAGUGUUCAAGACCCCCAGCUCACCAAAACAGUCACUAUUAAUGCAAGCUCUUCACACUCCGGACUAGAUGACAUCAAUCCCACAGUCCUGCUAAAAGAACGGUCCACCGAACUGUAGAAGCCUGUCAAUCAUAUUUAUUUAUUUAUAUGGACGA